GCCAUCAUACCAACUAGUACCGAAGGAAAAACAAUGGAGUCCUCCGAGGCGAGCUGGCACUCGUUCGAUCCGUCAGUCGCCGUGGAGGACUCCGAGACAAUGGCCCAGCUGCUCGGCGUCCAGUACUCCGGCAACGAGCAGAAGCAGCCGACGCCGACGGCCAUGUACUGGCCUGGCCAAGAAACUGACCAGUACUACAGCUCGGCGGCGUACCCGUACUACAUGCAGAUGCAGCAACACAACUCGGGCGCAAGCUGCUACGACCAUGGUUACUAUGGCAGCAACACGUUCACGAUGACCGGCGGCGACUUCUUCGUGCCGGAGGAGCAGAUCAUGGCGGCGGACCCGAGCUUCAUGCUUGAUCUGAACCUCGACUUCGAGUACCAGGACGGUGAGGGGGCCGGCCGCGGCUGCGGCGGCGGCAACACGCCGGCGAUAGGCAAGAGGAAGCGGGAGGACCAGAAGGGCGAGAGCACCACGUGCACCGUUCCAAAGAAGAAAUCGCGAUCCACCGCAAUACCGGUGCAGAAGAAGGGCAAGAAGGCGCAGAAAGGCCGGUGCAGCCGAGGCAACCAGGAGGAGAGCAACGGCGGCGGCGACGUUGCACGACAGCAACAGUGCUCCAGCAACGGCUACCUGUCUGACGACGAGUCGCUGGAGAUGACCGCGUGCAGCAACGUGAGCUCGGCGUCCAAGAAGUCGUCGUCGUCGGCAGGUGGGAAGGCCAGGGCCGGACGUGGGGCCGCCAUCGAUCCGCAGAGCCUCUACGCCAGGAAAAGGAGAGAGCGGAUCAAUGAGCGUCUGAAAGUAUUGCAGAAUCUUGUGCCCAAUGGAACCAAGGUAGAUAUCAGCACGAUGCUCGAAGAAGCAGCUCAAUACGUCAAGUUCUUGCAGCUCCAGAUCAAGCUGUUGAGCUCAGAUGAUAUGUGGAUGUUCGCUCCGAUCGCCUACAACGGGGUCAACGUUGGCCUCGACCUCAAGAUAUCUCCACCGCAACAAUGACGAUCUACGCCAAUGUGAAGAUUGCCGAUGUUCACUGGCAAAAGCACAUAUAUAGAUUCUUUCGUGUUUGUAUUUUUGUUUCUUGUUCUUGAAUUCAUAUAUAUGUAAGAUUCAACGCUAAGGACAGUCGGUUACAAUGAACCACUUUUACACUCUAA